CUUAAUUUUUGCCGGCGAGUCCGCGAUCUGCGUCAGGCUCUGUGCGGGCCCGCGUAGCAUAUAGGAUAAUUCGGUCUCGGCGCAAACCUGAGAUCUCCUGACGACUAAAGUUCAUAUAUAUAUACAUAUAUUUUACUUUAUCUGGGGACUUUACUGACGAAAACCGAGGCCAAGCCCCCCCCCCCCCCCCCCCUCGCUUCCACCACUGUGUGAAUAAAAUGAAAAUAACAAAUAAAUAACGCCGUUUCGCACAGUUAGGAGCGCCACGAAAAUACUUAGAAGCACCGACCACAUGUGUCGCUUCUGUCAUGCUCGUCCACUAAAGAAAAUGACGAGACUAUAAUACUGUAAAAACACUAUAAAAAAAAAUGCGAACAUUCUAUGCACACGAAAAAAAAAAUUGCUGCUUUCCGCAGUCGGCAGGAUUCGAACCUGCGCGGGAAGAUCCCAAUGGAUUUCAAGUCCAUCGCCUUAACCACUCGGCCACGACUGCGACGAGAGUGUGGCUACUUGCGGGGCAUUAUAACGACACGGACAGAAAUAAAGCGGCUUUGUUACGAUUAUUGUCAAAUUUUGCUAUGAAUGAAAAGCUUCUUCCUGCUUUCAGUUCACCUUGAAUCACGUACGUAUGCGAGCACACAUUGUAGUACAACGCCCUCUCCGUAGCGGGUCCGACAAGGGAUAUGUUCUGCUUGCAAAGCCAGCGCCUCCUCUUAAAUUUGAGGAGGCGAUGAUGGCAAAGCAAAGCACUACCUUUGGUAGCAUAUACCGUAACUGUAAAAGUCACCACUGGAUAACACGCUCUGUCAGCAACGGCGGCGUCAUGACUAUCGUUUACCUUCACCUUCCGCCGUGCAGCCUUUACAAAAUGCAAUCGCUCGGUCUCGCGAGGACGCCGUUGGUGAUACACCUGCCAGCACCUGACUGACCCAAGCACUUCGGUAUCCUUUGAACACGUCGCCUUCCGCGCUUUCUCUUACAACAACAACAACAACAACAACGACAAAGAGGAAUAAGAAGAAAAACGUGUCUCUGACACAAUGUUUGGGAUAUUUGCUGCGCGAAAGUUCAUUUGUUUCGCAACGUGAAUUGGUGAAAUAAAUAUUCCAAGCCCCCGUCGCACCCAUCGCAGCCGAGUUAUUUCGAUUUCCCUUUAAAUAUGGUGCACAUAAAUGUUCACUACAAAGGCGUUGACCAGGAAUCGGAUUAUAUUAAAGAGAGAGAGUGAGAUUGCCUUUUAAAAAUUGACAUGAUGUCCAAAUAGCGGUGCUUUCUGUCUUUGUACAGGUGAAAUGAACGAGAAUAUGUGGCGUUUUUACUCCUGCAGCCCGACUUCUUGGGACGUCGUCAGUACGUGCUCAUAAAUUUGAAAAUUAUGUCUUGGCUGAUCCAUUGGAUUAUAAACGCAAGCACGCGAGGAAAAAGAAGGAGAAACAUGCCAAUCGGCAUAACGACCUCGUGGGUACGAGCCAGGAAGAAGAAGGCCUUGCACGUGCCAUUCCUGGUACAACGUUCUUGAAUGACACGUGAGCUGUGGCGCGCGGAUCUUUUUUUACGUUUAGGAAUUCGAAAAGGAGCCUAGUGUUCAGUGUUCUUUGCUUGCGGCCAGCUUGUUGAAACCGGAGCUGUAUACGCGUUGGUCCCAACAACGAUGCUUGAUCAGGAGGUCAAUCCAGACAAGACUGUCACUCCGCUGGAUACGUUAGCAGAGCUCUUCAGCUUCAAGAGGCCGCCACUGUGCACGGUGCAGCCGCUAAGCAACAUCAAACGAGGCAGACCAGAGGACCCAAAGACCCUUUUGCGCCAUGACAUUAUAAGUGGCUACCAGGAGGACAGGUUCAUCCAUGGUUCUUCCAAACACAAGAGCUACCGGUUUCACCACUGGCAAGUAAUUGACAGCUUCGUCUAUUAUUCCCCCCACAUGGUCACAAUCCCGCCUCCUGGCUGGAUAUCGGCUGCCCACAGGCAUGGCGUCAAAGUUUUGGGAACCUUCAUUAUCGAGUCAUCUCAGGGCACAGAAGUUCUCGAUACCAUCAGACGUGACAACCUCCUGUCGAAAGUAGCGUCUCAACUGGCUCUCAUCGCAGCCCUCUCCCAGUUUGAUGGAUGGUUUGUUGACAUUGAGAGCAACGUGGAAAAAUGCCAUGCUGGAUUCCUGAAGGAGUUGCUUCUUGCCAUCACCACGGAGACGCACCAGUCAGUGCCCAAUUCGCUGGUCAUCUGGUAUGACAGCGUUGUGCACGACGGGACGCUGGACUGGCAGAACGAGCUCAAUGAGCAAAACUGUGACUUCUUCAACCUUUGCGACGGAAUAUUUCUCAACUCUCAUUGGACCGAGGACAUGCUCCAACAGUCGGCGUCCUUUGCUGGGCCCCGCAAGAGUGAUGUUUAUGUCGGCAUUGAUGUCUACGCACGACUGACAAGUUACCGUGCUGGCUUUGAAACAUACAAGGUAGUCGAGACAGCACGUAAGCUCGGCUUGUCGGCAGCCAUCUUCGGUGCUGGUUGGGUGUACGAGGCUCAAGACAAGCGGAGGUUUAUAGCAAACCAGUGCCGGCUGUGGAGCUUCCCCGACCACUGCUGCACCGAAUGGCGCCUGAGAGAGCCGCCCAUCUCGACCACUUUCUGCCAGGGCUUUGGUGACAGCCUCUACAAGGAGGGGCAGGUAGUGUCAAAGAAACCGUGGUUCGACCUGUCCAAACAGCAGCUGCAGCCGCGUGACCAGAACACUUGGCUGUACAAGGGAUGUGGUUCGGUCAAUAUCUAUACAGAGGACGCAUACGGUGGGGGCGGCUGCCUUCGGUUUCGCUUCUUGCCUGACCCGGGACAGCCUGAGGCCGUGCCUUACUUUAGAUUGUUUGGAUGUGACUUCCCGCUGGGCCCUCUGACAGUGAGCUACACUUUCAAGCAGCAGAAGCCCUGCAGCUCAAUGGAGAAUGACAUUGUGCUGGUCUUGAAAGCAACGACCAAGGGUGAGAGAGAGGAGCUCCUGCUGGGCGUCGUGGUUACGGUACCUAAAGAGGAAUGUUAUGCUGUGGUUCAUGACAUCUCCGUGUCCAGAUCCAACAACAGCCCAGAUGUUUCUGGAAACAGUUGGAUAACCAGGAAAUACAGCAUUGACGACCUGAGAACCACCGACUGCGCCAUUCUGGAAGAGAUAGGCUUCUCAUUUGUCUCGCCACAAGCAAACAUUUGCCUCUUGGGUGAGCUUGUGGUGGACCGGCCAGAAAAGAUGAAGAGCAAUCAGGCAGCAGCUACAAGCAAUGAUGGAAAUGACGUUUCUGACGACUCCGGUCCCGAGGCGGCAAUGUGUAGCGAUGGAGACGGUUCUGAAGAGCCAGAGAAUCAGCCACCGCAAGCCGAAGACAGCACAUCAUGAUAGACGCCACGUUGGCAUUGUAUUCGACUUUAAAAUUUUGCACUCUCGUUUUGAAUAAGCAACAGAAGGCGUCUGCUUUUGUAAUAUACCGUAUAUAUGUACGGAACAUUAUAAACACAUUAUUACUUGACGUAUGAAACAGAGUUCAAACACAACGGAAGUUCACUGGAAGAUGGGAGACUCAAGUAAUUAAUCAACAGUGGUCGAACAAGAAGAUGUGUGCAGAUACAACGUACAUCUUGUAAUAGUAUGUGAACCUACGCUUUCACGAAGCAGUUGAUCAAAUGCUAUGAGUUUUGCCAUUUCA